AUGCGUCGUGGCUCAUAAGAAACAUCCGCGAAGAGGAGGAUGGCGGAGGAUGGGAGGGAAGAGUCUGUAGCGGCUGACGACGACUCACAACACACAGCUGAAGACGGGAUACACAGCUUAAACAACACGAUGGUGGAAGAGGGCCCCACUCUGCUGCGCAGGAUGGAGAUCUGUGUUGCCGAGGCUGAGAAAAGGAGUGGCAAAAACACAGUGAACAUGCAGGAGACGUUUACUGUGUACCUUAUUGAAACACGGCCGAUGGAUGCCCUCGCUGAAGGUCGUAACCCAGCCCCCGACUCUCUGUGGAGGAGAUACAGUGAAUUUGAACUGCUGCGGAACUACCUGUUAGUGACCUUUCCAUACAUCGUGGUCCCCCCUCUGCCUGAGAAGAGGGCAGAGUUUGUGUGGCACAAGCUGUCCGCUGACAACAUGGACCCAGACUUUGUGGAGCGCCGUCGGGUCGGGCUGGAGAACUUUCUGCUGCGUGUGGCAUCCCAUCCGGUCCUCUCCAAUGACAAGAUCCUCCACCACUUUCUCACCGAGGAACAUGGCUGGAAGGAAGUGGUGUAUGAGACGGGAUUUCAGGCAAAGGCAGAUUCCAGGCUGAAAGCUCUCAGCGCCACCUUCAGGGUGAGAAACCCAGAUAAACGCUUCAUGGACAUGAAACACUACAGCGAUGAGCUGCAGUCUCACACCUCUCAGCUGCUCCGGGCCCGAGCCAGGGUUGCAGAUCGACUCUAUGGCGUCUACAAGGUCCACGGGAACUAUGGGAGGGUCUUCAGUGAGUGGAGCGCCAUAGAGAAAGAGAUGGGAGAUGGACUGCAAAGUGCCGGUCAUCAUAUGGAUGCAUAUGCUGCCUCAAUAGAUGACAUCUUGGAAGAAGAGGAACAUUACGCAGACCAACUGAAAGAAUAUCUCUUCUAUGCUGAAGCUUUGAGGGCAGUGUGCAGGAAACACGAGCUGACCCAGUUUGAGCUUGAGAUGGCCACGCAGGACCUGAUCUCCAAGAAACAGCAGCAUGAGGAGCUGGCUACAGGGAUUGUUCGGACGUUCUCCUUCAAAGGCAUGACCAACAAGCUUUUUGGCCAAGAGGCACCAGAGCAGAGGGAGGCCCGACUGAAGCUGCUGGAGGAGCUGAUAGAAGAGGGGGAAGAGGCGGUCAAGGACAAGACAGUCGAGUGCGAAGAACAUGUUGAAAAGGCAUGGGUGGAUAUGCAGCGCUUCAAGGAGCAGAAAGACAAAGAUCUGCGGGAGGCGCUCAUCAACUACGCUGUCAUGCAAGUCAGCAUGUGCAAAAAGGGAAUACAAAUGUGGAGCAAUGCCAAAGAAUGUUUCCUAAAGAUGUAAAGCCAUAUUCAAAGGAUUUCAGUGAUGCUCAGUUGUGCAUCCUGGGAAACGAUGCCAAUGUCCGCUAGUUGAGGUUUGAAAAGGACCAGUGUAAGCAUUGCACUGCAGAUUAUGUAGUUUCAAGCAUUUAUACAGAAUAAGUUCAUAUGCAACUGAUUUUCAGCAGUGAUUAACAGUCACUGCUACGCUUUUUUGAGGUGAAAAGUCUUGGGGGGGGGGGUUGGAUCACACAAAAGCACAUGACUUGGACGCUGGGGACCAGGGUUCACAGGGUUUGCUAUCUUAAUAUUUAGCAGAUACCAUUUUCUGCCGAUUUAAAGAGGCACUUCAUGGUAAGAUAAGAUUUAGUGGGCCAGUUUACAAUGGACCUCUAUAGUUAUAUGUCCCGCCCUUAUCAGUGAAGCCCUUCAUCUCCCCCUAAUUACUGCAAUGUUCUGACAGCCCAUGAUGAUUUGGGGCUUUCCCCUGCCUUGAAUACUAGUUUUGGCUCGGUGUUCAUGCUGACUUCAGUGUUUAUAGCAUGGGCUCAAUGCCCUCAGGGUGCUCCUACCCUUAUAUUGAUUUUUUUUAUGUUUCGGGACCCUCUUUCCAUCCAGCUAUCGGCCUUCAACAAAGGGCAUCCUGUCGUCACAUGAACCCUCAUACACACAUGUUCCUCCUAUUUUCGGUUUACAAAAACAGGAAGGUUUUAAACCAACAAUAUGACUGUGGAAGUUGAAGGGGGUGGGCAUAUAGCAGGCAAUAGUAUUUUGGAGCUUGACCCAUACAAGGAACUUAAAGAAAUCUCAAAUUGCAUUGAUUUUGAUUAUUCUUUUUUUUUCUCCAAUAAUGUUCCAACUAUGGAACCUGAUAGGCAGAGUGCCCUAAACAGUACUAAGGGUGAUCUAAACUGUUUGAUGUGGUCAAAGAGAACUUGUUAAGGGAGGUCUGAAAAGUGGCCAAACAUGGGGACGGAGACGCCAUGAAGAAAGAGGUUCUCCAUCCAGAUCCAACUAAGAAUCUGGUCCAGUUGAUUCACGGUGUGAAAGCAAAGCCGGUCCUUAUGUGUAACCAUAUCUGUGGCUAGUAGUCCGAGUAAAAUAACGAUUAACACAUUUCAUUUUCUACACAUUUUUUUUUUGAUGCGUUGCUUGGACUAGCUGCUAAAAUUCCUGCUAUCUUUUUUAUUCAUUUUGAAGACAUUCAUGCUUUAAAUGAAUCAAUCAAAGUGAAGAGUCUACAUUAUGUUUAUUACUUGUAACCAUGUCCAGGGCGAUGUAUUGUACCAAUGUACAGUAAGCUGCACAGAAGAUUAACGAUACUCAGUCAAAGAUUUAAUUCAGUUUAGAUUAAAUGUAACCUUAAUUUAUUGACUUAAAUGUUCCUUCUGUUUAAAUUAAAUCAUAUAUUCUGUUUCGGAGGCUUUCCAGCUUAAAGCUUUGUGAGUGUAUUUAUGAGUUUUGAUAACUCCAUUUACCACUUACCUUUUUAUAUUUCAAACGUUAAUGCUCUAUUUGGAUGAAUAUCUCUUGUUUGCUAAUUUAUUUGAAUAAACAUGUGUCAAACCAAA